AUAACAACACUUAGUUGCUGCAUAGUGAAAAAGAGACGACUCUACAAGUUGGCGAUGACAUGGUUGCAUUUUGCAGGAAAUGCAACUUUUCACAGGAAGCAAUGUGAUCAGUAGGCAGUCAGCAACCCUUGGUGUAUUUCCGCAUCGAUGCUUCUGGAUAAACGACUCCAUAAGUGUUGUGAAUCUUCAUCUAUGCGUUUUAGUGAUGGUGCAUAUUUAUUUAAAUACAAAAGGUUGCUCAUCCCUGCUUGCUCAUCUUCUCUCCAUAGAGAGUGCUCGCUAACUGUCCAGAAGAGAGCGAUCUUCAAUCAUGGCAACCUAACCUCGCAGAUGCCCAUCGGAAGCAACCGGUUUCAGUUGCUUUGCUGCUGUUCAAUAAGCUCCCACCCUGAGAGUUGCGUGCGUGCUCUUCGAUAGGCGUUUUUGUUUGGGAAUUCCCCAUCGUAGGGAAGAUCUGUGUGUAAGACAUUAAUGUUGUGUGCACGCAGCCAGAGUAAGGUUAUCAGAGGAACACGAUGGGUCGUGUAAUGUGCUACACAAUCGCGUUGGUACCGUUGUGCCUUUUGCUGGUGGUUUCUUUAAGUUUAGCACAAAGCUGUGGCAAACGGAAGGUGGUGAACUUUCUUAUUGUUAACGGUACUGAAGCAAAGGAUGGUUAUUGGCCAUGGCACGUGGCACUAUUUCACAACAAUGCCCGAUCAUUCAUCUACGCGUGUGGAGGGACAAUCCUGGAUCAAAAUACAAUUUUAACGGCGGCUCACUGUUUGACGACGUCGAAUGGAGUUAUAGCAAAAGAGCGGCUUGUGGUACAAGUUGGACGAAAUCGACUACGCGUUGCUAGCAACCGCGCACAAGAACACGAAGCGUUCGAUUUGAUCAUACAUCCCGAAUACAACGUUAACCAUAUUCAACACGAUAUUGCUCUGAUAAAGCUCGCAACCGACAUUACGUACACCGAUUACAUUCAACCGAUUUGCUUGUGGAAUCGAGAUGAAGAUCAGAGCGCGAUCGUUGGCUCUUGGGGUACGGUGAUCGGAUUUGGUAGAGAUGAGACCGAUAAUCCUUCCGACACACUUCGUGAAACUAGUAUUCCCGUGGUUAGCACCAUCACCUGCAUCGAAAGCAACCGCGAAGUGUUUGGCAACCACCUUACCUCUGAUAUGUUCUGCGCUGGCAAUCGUAAUGGGAGCAGUGCCUGCAACGGUGAUAGCGGUGGAGGUUUAUUCUUCAAUCGCAAUGGCACCUGGUUUAUUCGCGGUAUUGUGUCUUUCACAAAGAAUCGCGAAGGGAGUUAUUUAUGUGACACGCAGGAAUACACCGUAUUUACGGAUGUGGCAAAGUACAUUAAAUGGAUCAAGCAAAACAUGCGUAAAACGAAAGUAUCAGCUCAACCAACAAAAGCAGUUCAGUCAGUGUCAGUAAAAGAUAAAAAUCGUAAAAUCGAAUUGCUACCAAUGUCCACCUGUGGUCCCAAUAAGUAUGGCCGCUUGGCAGAAUCCAGAAAGCCUGUUCUGUUUGGUUAUCCUUGGGUGGCUCUGCUAGAGUAUUUAGAUGAAACUGAAUCCAAUGAGGAUUACGAUACACCGCCUGUAGAAGUUUUAUGCCAGGCGACGUUAAUAAGUGAACUCUACCUUAUAACCAGUGCGAGUUGUAUUUAUGACAUGCCUAAGAGAUACAUCUUAUCAUCCGUAAGGCUGGGAGAGUACGACAAAGACGAGACGAGGGACUGUGCUGUAGUAAGAAGUAAAAUGGUAUGUUCGCCUCCGCUCCAAAUACGAGAGAUUGAUACGGUGAUCGCGCACAAGAACUACAAUAACCAGACUUUUGCGAAUAACAUUGCACUUAUUCGACUGCGAGACCCGGCGGACACUAGUCAAUCGAAUGUGAAGCCGAUCUGUUUACCAGUAACAAAUGAACUUCGCAAUCAGCAGUCAAUUCAUUACACAUUGACUGCGUGGACUGCUUGUCCUUGUAGCAGCUUACUCCUAAGGUCGAUACGCGAGGUAAUAAGCUUGAGAGAAUGUAAGCAGCUGUUCAACGAACUCCAAUUCUCGACAGAGGUAACGAAUAACCAGAUAUGUAUCAAACAGUUGCCGGUAAGCAGCACAGAUUGCAAAUUCCCAAACAAAGGGGCAACACUACAACGUUUGCUGACGGUGGAAGGAAAAAGUCGCUAUGUUAUGUAUGGAUUGUUGUCAACUUCACCUGAGGAUUGUGACGUGGAUAUCCCAGACGUGCAUGUCAACGUGGCCAACUACGUAAACUGGAUUCUAGAAAACAUAGAAGAAUCGGCUCACUGUUUGGAGACGGCGAAUGGGUGUAUUGCAGUGGAGCUCGUCAUAGUGAAAGUUGGACGAAGUCGACUACGCGUAGCUGAUAAACGCGCACAAAAACACGAGGCGCUCGAGUUAAUCGUGUAUCCGGGUUAUAACCGCGACACUAACCAACACGAUAUUGCUCUGAUAAAGCUCGCAACCAACAUUACCUAUACCGACUAUAUACAACCGAUAUGCUUGUGGAAUCGGGGUGAAGAUCAGAACGCGAUCGUUGGCUCUUGGGGCACGGUGAUCGGAUUCGGCAUUAAUGAGACGAAUAAUCCUACCAAUACGUUGCGUGAGACCAGCAUUCCCGUCGUUGCCACUGAUAUCUGCAUCGAAGGCAAACAGGACAUAUUAGCAACAUUCAUUACCUCAGAUAUGUUCUGCGCAGGCAAUCGUGAGGAAAUCAAUGCUUGCAACGGUGAUAGCGGUGGUGGUUUUUUCCUCAACUACACUGACACGUGGUACAUUCGCGGUAUAGUGUCGUUCAAACAGUAUCGCGACGAAACGAAUACAACUGACACAACGGAAUACAUCGUGUUUACGGAUGUGGCGAAGUAUUUGAAUUGGAUUCAAGAACACAUGGGUGAAACGGAUGGUCAACCGACUGAGAAUGAAAACAGCAAAAAAAUCGAAUUGCUACCAAUGUCCACCUGCGGUGGCAAUAGAUCAUCCGUAAGGCUGGGAGAGUACGACAAGGACCAAACGAGGGACUGUGCCGUAGUGGAUAGUCGAAUGAUAUGUUCGCCUCCGCUCCAAAUACGAGAGAUUGCUUCGGUGAUCACGCACACGAACUACAAUGACCAGACAAUGGCGAAUGACAUUGCACUUAUUCGACUGCGAUACCCAGCGGACAUUAGCCAACCUAAUGUGAAGCCGAUCUGUUUACCAGUAACGAGUGAGCUUCGCAAUCAGCAGUCAACCCACUACACACUUACAACGUGGGUAACUUGUCCUGGUACCAGCUUACUAGAAAGCUCGCUACGUGAGGUUAUCGAUUUGACCGAGUGCCAGGAAUCGUACCACAACAACUCCCGGGAGAUAACGACAUCCCAAUUAUCGUCGUUGGAAAAAGGGUAUCAUAUAUACAGGAUGGUUCAUGUAAGGUACGGUGUAAUCGCCCUGAUAGUGUUGUGCCUUUUGCUGGUGGUUUCCUCAAGUUUAGCACAAAGCUGUGGCAAACGGAAGGUGGUGAACUUUCUUAUUGUUAACGGUACUGAAGCAAAGGAUGGUUAUUGGCCAUGGCACGUGGCACUAUUUCACAACACACACCUAUCAAUCACUUACACGUGUGGAGGGACAAUCCUGGAUCAAAAUACAAUUUUAACGGCGGCUCACUGUUUGACGACGUCGAAUGGAGUUAUAGCAAAAGAGCGGCUUGUGGUGCAAGUUGGACGAAAUCGACUACGCAUUGCUAGCAACCGGGCACAAGAACACGAAGCGUUCGAGUUGAUCAUACAUCCAGAAUACAACGUUAACCGUAUUCAACACGAUAUUGCUCUGAUAAAGCUCGCAACCGACAUUACGUACACCGAUUACAUUCAACCGAUUUGCUUGUGGAAUCGGGAUGAAGAUCCAAAGGCGAUCGUUGGCUCUUGGGGUACGGUGAUCGGAUUCGGUAUUGAUGGGACUGAUCAUCCUUCCGACACACUUCGUGAAGCUAGUAUUCCCGUCGUUAGCGCCAUCACCUGCAUCGAAAGCAACCGCGAAGUGUUUGCCUCACAGCUUACAUCUAAUAUGUUCUGUGCUGGAAAUCGUGAUGGAAUAAGUGCCUGCAACGGUGAUAGCGGUGGAGGUUUAUUCUUUGAGUACAAUGGUGUGUGGUUCGUUCGCGGCGUAGUAUCUUUCACGAAGCCCCGUAAAAAUACGCUUAUAUGUGACACGAAUGAAUACACCGUAUUCAGCGAUGUGGCAAAGUACUUGACAUGGAUCAAGCAAAACCUUCGUGGCACGGGUCGUCAACCGGUUGUGAUAGAGAAGGACAACAGUCGUAAAAUUAGAUUGUUGCCGAUGUCAACCUGUGGUGCCAAUCCGUACGUCAGUAGGGAAGAAUCCUUCAAGCCUGUUCUGCUAGGAUAUCCUUGGAUGGGUCUGUUAGAGUAUACUGAUACCGGAACACAAGAAAAGAGAACGAGUUGUCAAGCGACAUUAAUAAGCGAUCGCUACGUAAUAACUGGGGCGCAUUGCGUUAGCGACUUACCUAGGCGAUACACCUUAUCAUCCGUACGACUAGGAGAGUACGAUAGAGACACGAUGACGGACUGUGCACAGGUGGAUGGAGAAAUGAUAUGUUCGCCUCCAGUUCAAAUACUACGUAUUGAGUCGGCGAUCGCGCAUGAGAAUUACAACAAACCACGUUACGCGAACGAUAUUGCACUCAUACGACUGCGAGAUCGAGCGGACACAAGUCAGAGUAAUGUGAAGCCGAUCUGUCUUCCAGUGACGAGUGAGCUGCGCAGUCAAAAGUCAACACACUACACACUGUCUACGUGGGCUUUUGGCUCUAAUGGCAACUUGCUGGAAAGGUCACUACGCGAGAUUGUCGAUUCGAUCGAAUGUCAGAAGCUGUACACCGAUCAGGCGGUUUUGCUCGAGAAAACAUCACGCCAGAUAUGCGUCAAGCAACCAUACGGGCCAGAGUGCAAGUUACCAUUGUCGGCAGCACCAUUACAGCUUGUGCAGGCAGUGCAAGGCAAUAGUCGCUAUGUUCUGUAUGGAGUUUUAUCGUUCGGACCAGUGAAAUGUGGAGAAGCUUAUCCAGAUGUAUACACCAACGUGGCCAGCUACGUAGACUGGAUUCUAGAAAACAUUCGUGAUUAUUUAGCACAAAGCUGUGGCAAACGGAAGGUGGUAAACUUUCUUAUUGUUAACGGUACUGAAGCAAAGGAUGGUAAUUGGCCUUGGCACGUAGCACUAUUUCACAACAAAGAUCGAUCAUUCAUCUACGCGUGUGGAGGAACAAUCCUGGAUCAAAAUACAGUUUUAACGGCGGCUCACUGUUUGACGACGUCGAAUGGAGUUAUAGCAAAAGAGCGGCUUCUGGUGCAAGUUGGACGAAAUCGACUACGCGUUGCUAGCAACCGCGCACAAGAACACGAAGCGUUCGAGUUGGUCAUACAUCCAGAAUACAACGUUAACCGUAUUCAACACGAUAUUGCUCUGAUAAAGCUCGCAACCGACAUUACGUAUACCGAUUACAUUCAACCGAUUUGCUUGUGGAAUCGAGGUGAUGAUCAGAACGCGAUCGUUGGCUCUUGGGGUAUGGUGAUCGGAUUCGGAAUUGAUGGGACUGAUCAUCCUUCCGACACACUUCGUGAAGCUAGUAUUCCCGUCGUUAGCGCCAUCACCUGCAUCGAAAGCAACCGCGAAGUGUUUGCCUCACAGCUUACAUCUAAUAUGUUCUGUGCUGGAAAUCGUGAUGGAAUAAGUGCCUGCAACGGUGAUAGCGGUGGAGGUUUAUUCUUUGAGUACAAUGGUGUGUGGUUCAUUCGCGGCGUAGUAUCUUUCACGAAGCCCCGUAAAAAUACGAUUAUAUGUGACACGAAUGAACACACCGUGUUCAGCGAUGUGGCAAAGUACUUGACAUGGAUUAAGCAAAACAUUCGCAGUAUGGGUGGUCAACCGGUUGUGAUAAAUGAGGACAACAAUAGUAAAAUUAAGUUGUUGCCGAUGUCCACCUGUGGUGCCAAUCCGUACGCCAUUAGGGAUGAAAUCUCCAAGCCUGUUCUGCUAGGAUAUCCUUGGGUGGGUCUAUUGGAGAUAAUUGAUACCGAGACACUUGAAAAGAGAACGAUUUGUCAAGCGACAUUAAUAAGCGAUCGCUACGUAAUCACUGGGGCGUUUUGCGUUAGCGACUUACCUUGGCGAUAUACCAUAUUAUCCGUACGACUAGGAGAAUACGAUAGAGACACGAUGACGGAUUGUGCACAGGUGGAUGGAGAAAUGAUAUGUUCGCCUCCAGUUCAAACACUACGCAUUGAGUCGGCGAUCGCGCAUGAGAAUUACAAAAAACCACGUUACGCGAACGAUAUUGCACUUAUACGACUGCGAGACCGAGCGGACACAAGUCAGAGUAAUGUGAAGCCGAUCUGUCUUCCAGUGACGAGUGAGUUGCGCAGUCAAAAGUCAACACACUACACACUGUCUACGUGGACUGUUGGCUCUAGUGGCAACUUGCUGGAAAGGUCACUACGCGAGAUUGUCGAUUCGAUCGAAUGUCAGAAGCUGUACACCGAUCGGGCGGUUUUGCUCGAGAAAACAUCACGCCAGAUAUGCGUCAAGCGACCAUACGGGCCAGAGUGCAAGUUACCAUUGUCGGCAGCACCAUUACAGCUUGUGCAGCCAGUGCAAGGCAAUAGUCGCUAUGUCCUGUAUGGAAUUUCAUCAUUCGGACCAAUGAAAUGUGGAGAAGCUUAUCCGGAUGUAUACACCAACGUGGCCAGCUACGUAGACUGGAUUCUAGAAAACAUUCGUGAUUAGUAUUUGAGUUUCGAAAUACAAACAGUUGGUGUUGAAACUCCUUACGUAGAUCACGACAAAUGCAAUUACAGAUCUACAGAUUUUCAAUUACUCAAAUCAAAUUCGGACCGUAACCCUGUUCGCAGGACUGACUAUCUUACGCACGGGUAAUUAAAGUCAAGGUAGCAAAGACCUUCGAAGCAAACUAAGCGUCCGCGAGGACUCCUAGCUUUAAGGGGAGCAAAAUAUACAGAGAGAAAUAUACAGAAGUGUGUCGAUUUUGGAUGAAUUCAAAGGUAGCAGGGGAGCUACUGCUCCAUCCACUUCUCCAGGAUUUGCCGCAUAUUGAAGAUCAGAAGAAUGUGUCUAUUAGCUUACCUUUCUAUACCGCAGCAAUAACUUCACGAAUUGCAUGUUUGAUUGUUGCAACUCGAUCGCGCUCAAACUUACUCACUCAAAUAAAGGCGAAAAUAAAAAAAAUCUUUCUUCUUCGACGCACAACCAUAA